UGGGGACCUUGAAGGACCUCUCUUCUGGUCACGAGACACCCUCCCGACACUUUCGUGCCGACGAUAUACGCACCACGCCACCGUCGCCCGCUGCUCAGAUUACCGUUGCUCUCCGCGCGUAUCCACCUCGAUUACCGCAUCCCAAGUGGAUCCUUGGAGGAUCUCGGAGGAUUCGUCGCGUGGACACUCUUGGGACUCCGAGGACCCGCCGAAAGAAACGAAGAUUUCGAGACUGUCGGGGAACCGGAGCCACCGGCUGCCGACAGCAUAACGCGCGAAUAGCGUGUGACGGCGGAGUGAUCGGGUUCAGUGACGUCAUACGAUAAGAAAACAGUCGCGGUCGGUUGUAAACAAAGCAGAGUGAAAAGUAGAAGUAAAAGUAAACAGUGAUCAGUGGAAAGAAAAAUAGGGCAGAUCGUGUUGUCGAUCGAUCGCGAACUUGUGAUUCGUUAGUCGUUCGGUUACACGCGUGUGCGCCGACACGCGGUCGGGUGCCGAGUUGAUGGUGUGACGGGGUAGCAGGUCGCACCUGUUACGAGCGUUGAUGCGUAGCCACGAGGCAUCUAUGUUGGAGGACUCGAUCGAUUUGACUUGCUCGUGAACAAUCGUGGCGCCGGGCGGGAACAUUCUGACCGAGAGGUGAUCUCUCUCGAUCAGGUGCGCAAGGCUCGGUGAGGAGCCGAGGAAGGUUCUCGCGGCGGCUGACACCGAGAAGCAGAAAGCCUGUUGCCCCAGGAGAGUCCGUACGGCCUCACGACGCGGUCCGACGAGUGGAGCGGUCUCCUGCCCAGCUCCACGAUCGUGGGUGCUGGGGGGUCGCCAUGGCUCGGACUCGGCGCAGGAGGUGGCACGGGGGCCACCACCGGGGGCGGAAGCCCCGUCGAACUCGAGGGUCACUGGGGACGUAAGCUGUACGGGGCGAGUGUAGCUCCGCCACCGCCGCCGCCUCAUCACCACCCGCGGGCGCCGCUCGUUUUCGCGCCUCAGGACAUGAGGCAGAUACUCAAGGAGGAACCCGUGCCACGUGCUUGGCCGCAGCCUGCGCUUGCCGAUAACGGAACAGUCGGCGUAGGCAGAGCACACUUCGAAAAACAACCACCGAGUAAUUUGAGGAAAAGUAAUUUCUUCCAUUUUGUGAUCGCACUUUACGAUCGACACGGUCAACCGAUCGAGAUAGAAAGGACUUCCUUCAUGGGAUUCGUCGAAAAAGAUCAGGAAUCCGAGGGCCAGAAAACGAACAAUGGAAUCCAAUACAGUUUGCAUCUGCUAUAUUCAAAUGGUGUCAGACAGGUGCAAGAUAUUUACGUGAGGCUUAUCGACUCCGCAACGAAACAGGCUAUCAUGUACGAAGGACAGGAUAAGAAUCCUGAGAUGUGCAGAGUCCUUUUGACUCACGAGGUGAUGUGUAGCCGAUGUUGCGAUAAGAAAAGCUGCGGGAACAGAAACGAAACGCCAAGCGACCCUGUGAUCAUCGACCGAUUCUUCCUUAAGUUCUUUCUCAAGUGCAACCAGAACUGCCUUAAGAAUGCCGGCAACCCACGAGAUAUGAGACGCUUCCAGGUGGUCAUUUCCACGCAAGUAGGAGUAGAGGGACCACUUCUAGCAGUCUCGGACAACAUGUUCGUUCAUAACAAUAGCAAACACGGGCGCAGAGCGAAACGAUUGGAUCCCAGUGAUCCUGGCGAAUACAAUAGUCUCUAUACACCUGUACCUCUUCAAACGCCGUGUAUAAAAGCGAUAUCGCCAAAUGAAGGAUGGACGUCAGGUGGGUCCACAGUAAUAAUCAUUGGUGAAAACUUCUUCGAUGGACUUCAAGUAGUUUUUGGGUCGAUGUUGGUUUGGAGCGAGUUGAUCACACCAAACGCAAUCAGAGUCCAAACUCCGCCAAGGCAGAUACCAGGUGUUGUUGAAGUCACACUAUCUUAUAAGACUAAACAAUUUUGCAAAGGGGCGCCUGGUAGAUUCGUUUAUGUUUCACUAAAUGAACCUACGAUCGACUACGGCUUCCAAAGGUUACAGAAACUUAUUCCGCGACAUCCUGGUGACCCCGAGAAAUUACCGAAGGAAAUUAUACUGAAAAGGGCGGCAGAUCUUGCAGAAGCUUUAUAUAGUAUGCCCAGAAGCGGAAACGCGGGAAUCACAGGUGCUCCAAGGAGUCCAGGAUCGGGCCAUCCACCCGCACCCCCCACCUCCAGUUCGGCGACGGCGUUCAAUUCAUAUACAGGGCAACUUGCAGUGGCGGUACAGGAGAAUGGUAGUGCGGCGAAAUGGACAGACGACGGUAGUUCCGUGACGACAGGAGCCGGUGCUGGAGGCGGCGGUGGCGGUGGUAGCGUUGGAGGAAGCGUCGGUGGUAACGUAGACGCCUAUAGGCAGAGCAGUAGCGCAAGCCCACGUGGGGUUGUAACCGGUGGUGGUUAUUGCGGAAGUUCAGCCAGCACACCUCACAGCCACAGCACCAAUGGAAGCUAUUCAGUCGCUAACCCCUACACCGGUAGCCCAACCCUUUACACGUCACGACUAGGAGAGGUUGUCGGUUCACCAUUCAACAUGAAUCCAUUUAUGUUACCCACCUGCAGCCAAGGAUACUCAAACGCCGCCAGUCCGUUGCUAUCGUCGAGUAACAAAUAGUGUUACGAGAUGUAAGCGCCAACGAAAAUAUCGAGGGAUUGCGUCUUCAGGGAAGCGAAAUCCGCCGAAACGAACUGCUCCAGCGGACUUUAACGUUCUCAUAAUCAUUACAUUCGUGGUUGACAAUCGCUUUCAUGAACUGAAAUCGGUCCUUUCGAUUCAUCGUUUGCUUUUUAUCCCUUUGACUGCGGGUCGAUUUUAGCUAGAAAUUCUAAGGGGUGUGUCGCUCGAACAGGGUUGCGAUCGUAGUUUAAGUGCCCGCGUUAAAACAAUUUAAAAAAAAUAUCACCUUAUAGAGAGUGAUAAGACGAAACUUUCUUAUAUUUACAGUUUAGUUUAGUUUAGUCUAGAAAAUAAAAAUUAAAUAUUUAGAAGUCCUCUUCCCUGAAAUUUCAUUACAUUUUCGAAUUCUUUCAAAUUUCGUAUAGGUACGUAGUCAAAUUAACCGAUUAAUAUUUAAUUGCAAACGAGUAGCUGCCAGCUAACGAUGCUUUCCAUUUUCACCGUUAAAAAGUAUCAACGGAAGUUCGCGGUCGAAAUCAACGUUUUUAAUUACAAUUAAUUGUUACAUUUGAAACUAAAUGUCGAAUCAAUAAAUUGUAAAUAUAAAGAACUUUCAUUUUUUCAUUCUCUAUAAGGUGUUAUUUUUUAAAAAUUUCAUCCACUUUACGUAGGGCUCCGGACUUCGUUUCGUUACUGGAUUCCAAUAUAUAUAUAUGUUGACUUUCUAUGAACUAAUAUGUACGCCCUUCGCAGUCAAAGGGUUAACCAAUUAACGUGCGACAGAAGCAAACGUGAACGUUGCAAUGACAUCUGCGCGUCAUUGUUCGUCGGCGCUGAGAGAUGAAUUAAGUUUUGGAGAAUAUCGAAACCAGUGCAAAAGUUGAUAACGUUUUACGAUUAACGAUCAAUAAGUUAAGGAAUGAUACAUAUCGAAGAACACAGUGUUUUCUGCAUCUAUUGACAUGGUCGUUCGGUUAAAGCACUCCUAAUUAAUGUUACGAGCAUGAAAGUGUACAACUGUUUUGACAAUGGCGAUUCGUUUUAUCCGAUCACGAGGAACUUUCAACGUGGAUUCAACGAGAAACGAUUAAUUGGGUUCGUGAGAAGGUUCGAUCCUCGAAUACGAACGUGUUGAUGUGAAGUUUAUUGUAACGAAAAAAAAACAGUUACAUUGAAAUUGUUGAUUUUAAGAAUUACAAAGAAACUUUUGUACGAGGUGACAAACUAUUAGCCCUUCUCUGAUGAAAGCAUUAUACUUGUACGUACGCCGUGCAAAGACGAAAGUCAUUUUUGAAGGGCGCGAAAGUAUUCUCAUAAAUUUCAUUAGAUCUCUUGAGUAUAAUUCUCAACUUGGCUUACAAUGAUAAAGUCGGGCAUUCGUUUGGAAAACUACUUUCCAUACUAUAUUCUAUAUUCUCUACUUUCUACUUGGAAAAACCACCUUCGCAUGUGGUAUACGAGUACCCUAAUCUUGCCAACGAAACGGUUAAUUCGUGGCAAACAAUCGAACGACCAUAGUCUCCUCGUGUCAUUAAUAUCGCUAUUUUUGGCAUAGCUAUCCUAAACACGACAUUUUUAUCGAUAGAUUCGAACACCUUCUUUAGCCUGUGUCUCUUCUCGUACAUGGAAUCGUCGAGCGAUCGAAACUUACGAAAGAGUAUUUUUGAAGUGUCGAGCAAUUUUAUAUCAAAUCAAGCGUAGAACUGAUGAGGGUCGAACGAAUAAGACACCACUUGACGGACAUAUCGCUUAUCAUUGAAUAACAGACAUCCUAGUUUUAGAGAGCAUUUUCGACUUUGAAAUUUUAUCUUCCUACCCCUACGUUUUAAGAGACUAACCAAUAUCAGCUAGGUAGCGUAACGUCUAACUUGUAAUUUGUAAAUUUUCUUGUAAAUAUUGUUACGAUGUACAAAACGACAGAAUUAUUUCUAGGAAUCCAACGAAACGAUAUUAACGUGAUUGUAGGACGAAAAAUUAUUAUAUAUAGGUGUAAAUAAUCAUAGAGCGUCCGUAGCUUAAUACGUAUGAUUGUAUGAUGGUAUGGCGGCGAUCCAUUUUUUAACGUGCGUAUAGUCGGUGGAAAAGACAAUGCAAAAUUAAAGCGACUAGAGUAGAUUCUCUCGUCUUCAUCCUGUUAACGCCUUGCUAACCGAUUAUUUCAAGACGAAACUAUUUUGCAAUUGAAUAUAAAAAGGAAAUAUUUAAAUAAACUUCGAUAAACUCUGUUUACAUGUAUGCUUAAUCAUUUUUUUCGGGAAUGAUAUAGAAUAUAAGCAUUUACCCACAUGGAAUGCUCUUUGCUAUUCCACAUAGAUUAAUGCUAUAUUGGCGUACAAUUACUAUUUGUUCUUCUAAAAUAUGGUCUUGCAGCCUACUCAAACAUAAAUCUUUCAAGAGAAGCUAAAACAAGGAUGAAGUUCUUUAAGACGUACAUCAAGUGUGCCUACACCCACUGCUUAGAAUUUCAGUUAAAAAUUAAACGAUACUAUCUAAAUUGAUAUAGUUAACACGAUUUAAUAUAUGAUCAGAAAGUAAAGUUAGGCCCAGAGAACGCAAAUGUGUUUGUGACCGGUUGGCAAAGUGUCAACUGGCGUCGACUACUGUGUUCAUUUAUCCGAAACAAGAAGUUCAAACUUGACAUGAUUCGAGUACGCCAAAAAGAGUUCACUAAGCGCAUAAUUCUUUCACCAAUUGUACAUUCCACGAUGUUUUUCACGACCAGCUACGUAAUCAGACUUCGUUUCUCUCAAGCUGUCCGUGUCGCGACUCAAAGUAGUAAAAUAGUAGAAGACGAAAAUUAAGUCCGAAUGAGAAACGAUCGGUAAACAGUAAAACUGAAAGGACCACGUUAAAGACUGGAUCGGCCUGUGACGACUGUAUAAAACGCAUAGUUGAUUUGGAUCGUUUGAUACGCCGGCCCAAAACAAAUCCCGCACCAAACGAAUCACACGAAAGUAUACGAAGCAUGUACCAGAAUCGAAAACCCUAAUUAGUACAGUUUUUGCAGCAGUUUACGAGCGUAGAUCGUAUCGUUUGUCGGAACGAGCAAUUGUUGAAAAUUAUUGUAGUACAGUUCCUUUUUGCAUAUCGACUCGGUGAUCAUCCUUUCGCCGCGGAGGGUGCACUAGUUGUCUAGGAGCCACACGCUCUGUGAUCUUGUGAUCUUGGUUGCAAUAUUGAUUAUCACUUUCGUUCGAUCACGCAAUGUCAUCUUUUACAUGGCGCGUCUUUCUUGUACGCAUGCGAGCGAACGCGCGCGGGCACACACAUGAGCACGCGUAUGCGCGUACAGACACUCGUCGGUGUAUAUUAAAAUAAAUUAAACUUACAUUUUUGAGAAUUAAAAUCAAUUGUUUGUGAUUCAUUUUUCGGUACCCAUCUUCAGUUUAGUUCGUUGUUGCAUACUUGGAAUAGUAAUUUUAUUGGUUUCACGCAGCGGUAAGUAUGAUAAACACAAAUAGACAUUAUUCAACUAAAUUCACGACACGUGUACAGUUAUCUAGAUCAUUGAUUUUCUCGAAAUCUCCACCUUAAUAAUGAUAAUUCCUAAAUGAUGAAAUGUAAUUUUGAUUUUCAGCAUACUCGUAUCUCAUAUGUAUCUUUAAUUGUAUAAGAUAGAAGAGAAGAAGUAGUCAUAGUUAUAAUCUUGUUUGUAGUUAUGCGAUGUAAGUGUUUGUUUUUAUAUAAUUGUUUAAAUAAUAUUUAUUACCCGAAUACUGUUGUAGUCACAUAA